ACUCUAUAAAUGAGUUUCGUUUCCUGAAAAGGAUACACCCCCUUUUAAACUCAACCUCUUACAUAAGGUGUCAGUUCAAGAGCGUCCCAGUUUACUUAAGAUGGAUCCCUGUACGAUGAUUGCAGCUGGUGCAGGAGCAGCCAUAGCAGUUGCAGCAGCUCCUGCUGUUCUAGCAGCGGCCGGUUUCACCGCAGUUGGAAUUGCUGCAGGUUCAGUUGCCUCCACUUUGAUGUCAGUUACUGCCGUGGCGAACGGAGGAGGGGUCGUAGCUGGAGGUGUGGUAGCUGCUCUUCAAGCCGCUGGUGCCGCUGGAAUCCCUAUUGCAGCUAAGGCUGUUAUAGGCGCCAUAGGAGGCACUGUGGCUGGAGCUGUGGGCGGAACAUUGAUAUGCAAUGCAGGGGCUGCAGGUGCUACUACAAUCAUCCCGGUCACAGGCCAAGGCAUGGUGGGAGACGCUGUGAGCGCUACAGUUGCCGGCUUAAUUUCCAACUACACUGUGUAACGGGAUCACUGUAUCUGUGCUUUAAUGCCCCAACAGGUCCUUCACAGUUUGAUAGAUUUCUAUUCAUGAAAUCAAACACAGCAUUUAACUAAUGCAUGCAUGACCAUAAACAUAAGCACUUACUAGGCUAGUAAUAGUAAAAAAUAAUCUCUUACUCUUCUGUAAUCUAUCUUAUACUUCAAAAUGUAUAUUGUAUGAUUUUUAUUUGCUCUUAUGAUAAAUUACUUGUGAUGUGAUGUUUUUAUAAAUGGAUCUUAACGAGUAAAUUAUUAAAGAAAACGGUUUAAAUUAAACUAUGAUUCUAAUUAAAAACUAUUCUUAUAAAGCCA